GCCAAAAUUACAUUUUUUUAAGGUUUCCAGUACUUAUUGCAAGCCAACGACGUAGACAGCCGGACCAAAGCAGCUUUAAUUUGCUUUACAUCUAUUGUGACUUUGUGUUCAAUUGUGUGCAACAGCGUCAUCAUCCACAGUGUUCGAGUCAACCGAUAUAUGCACACAACCAUCAACUAUUUCAUCGUCAACAUGGCGGUAUUAGACCUAUUAUAUUCUCUGACCAGYAGUCCAGUUCUUGUCCACUACACCCUCAAGUGGCWCCUGUGGUUACCCGGAGGUUUCGGCCGAGCCACGUGUACUGGAAAUAUCUUUUUGAAAUAUACAAUGGUAUUAUCUUCGAUAUUCAGCCUGGUCGUUAUCACCUUUGAUCGAUUUAUGGCCGUGAGUUACCCUUUGAAGUACAAAACCUCUAGACCAUCGUGUAAAUAUMUUAUGCCUGUAACCUGGGGACUUUCAUUGGGACUGUCAUCUGUGAUGGUAUUCUUUGGCGGUUCGUUGAUUAAUCUUCCAAAUGGMAACUCCUACUGCAUACGCAAAGAAUCAUUUCCCRUYCUGGUGUURACAGUCGUUGGGUACCUGAUUCCGCUUGCUGUYGUCAUMAYUUUGUGCUUUCUGAUUGGAUAUAAGCUUUGGACAAGAAACGUGCCCGGAGAAGAGGAGCCACAAGCRCAAAGAGCUGCAAGUGUGAGGACAUCUAAGAAAAAAUUAUCAAGGAUUUGUAUCAAUAUCUUCUUGAAAUCUGUUGCUUCAUGAUUAUUAGAUACACUGAUGACCAGGAAGGACAUAAAGGAGACCAAGUCAAAGAACAACUCAAUGCUGUUAUGUGCWAUCGCACUGGAGCAAGAAAAUGUUUUWAAGAGUAUCACUAUGGAUACGCCCCAAGAGAGUGAUARYGACUUGUAA